UGUCAUUGUGGUGGCCAGCUGAGAGUGACACUCAUCCCACUUUGCGCUGAACACUCAUGCAGGGUUAGAAGACCCCAGAACCUUCUCUCAGGUCCAUGGACCAAGCAGCCCAUGGAAUUUCAUAACCUGAGCUCCUCUCCCUCUCUCUCCCCAUCUUCUGCUCUCCCCACCCCUCUGCUCUGCCCCAUCCCUCCCUCCCCCUCAUCCUCCCCCUCUGCCUUCUCCACUGUGUUGGGGUCCCCUGGAGAAGCCUGGCCUCCCUGCCACCCCACCUCUUCCCUGGUGUCAGUCUUCCUGGCACCAGUCCUGGGCGUGGAGUUUGUCCUGGGCCUGGCGGGGAACAGCUUGGCCCUCUUCGUCUUCUGCUUCCACACACGGCCCUGGACGUCCAGCAUGGUGUUCCUGGUCAGCCUGGUCGUUGCUGACUUUCUUCUGAUCAUCAGCCUGCCCCUCCACGAGGACUACUACUUCCUCCACGAGACCCGGCACUUUGGGGCCGCUGCCCACAAGGUCAACCUCUUCAUGAUGUUCACCAACCACACGGCCAGCGCUGCCUUCCCCACAACCAUCCUCCUCAACUGCUAUGGGACGGUGGUGCCGCCCCACAUGCUGAGCCACGCCUCGGUGGGGGCAGCCGCCCAGGUGGCCGGGAGGGUCUGGGGGGGCAUCCUGCUCCUCAGUGGGCACCCUCUGACAGCCUAUUCCAGCCAGUCCUGCCUCAGUUACAGUCUGGGCACAGAGCUCGCCUCACUCCACUGGCACCAGGCACUGUACACGCUGGAAUUCUUCCUGCUGCUGGCACGCACCCGCUUUGCCGUUGUGAGCGUCAGGGUCACCAUCCUGCUGUGCCUGGGUGGGCAGGCAGAACUGAGGAAGGCCGUGUGCUUGCUGGCCAUGAUGGUGGCCAUCUACACCAUCUGCUUCUUGCCCAGCAUUGUCUUUGGCACAGCUUCGCUGUCCGCCUGCCACUCCCUGGACGUCUGCUUGUGGCUCUUCCUCCACUCCCUGGCCUUCACCCACCUCAACAGUGCCCUGGGCCCUGCGCUCUUCUCCUUUUGCAGCCCCAACGUCCUCCCCCAGAGCCUGCGUGCGCGGGGCUGGCAGGGCCCACUGAGUGACGAGGGUGCCUGCCAGCCCUCCCCAUGGCGGUGGCAUGCUGGAGGCCUCUAGGAAGGGGGAGGCCACGAGAAGCUGCAGGAGAAAGUCUCACUGGAAAAGGAAGGCCCCUCCCAGGACUGA